AUGCCAGCAGCCCCCGCCGAAGUUCCCAGUCCCUUGUGCACAGCUGGCGCGAAGGCGCCCCCUCAGCAGCUGCAGCCGGCGGGACGGCGCCGAUCCCGCGCCCUGACGGGCGGCGGCGCGGCGGCGAUGCAGCGCGCCCACCGGCAGUCGAGUGUGGUAUAUUCGAUCGCAGAGAUCAUAGGGGAGGGCGAUGAUGACCCCGGGUUGCUGCUACUGGAUGCGCAGGACACGAAACAAGCCCGGGACCAGCCCCCCCUGGGCCUGUACGGCAUCACGCCGCCCCUCACAACUGCACAGGCCGCAGCCGCCUUCGCCGCCGCGCCGUACGGCCCCGGCGGCGAGGCCGCCGCGGCGGCGCCGGCCCCGGCGCCCUCACGCGGCGACUGCGGCAGCAGCGACAGCGG